GAUUUACGUGAAAUUGACACAAAUCGUGUAGUAGCACGGGCAAUCGCCGCGAUUUUACGUCCCCAAUGCGGUAAAUCUCAUGAAUAGCGCAUUUGUGUUUACAACGGCCGUUGGGAGAUUCCUUUCGAUGACGGAGCGCGACCCAGUUGGCAACACUUGCAGAAGUAGCUCUCGACCUUGUUAUGAGAAUCUUACUUCUCUAUCUAGCCACGGUUUCGGGGGCUGCUUCUCAAUGUAUUUCCAUAAGAUGUAAUUCUACAGCUACUACUACUCCAUGUUCAAAUUGUUCUGAAUGCAGAGAAAUUGGCACUAGUUAUUGCCUUUCUUCUCGGUUACUGAGGUGCGGAUGCGCUACAGGAGUCCCAAAUGAUUGCAAUCGAGUUAACGCCCCUCUUUCUGACGACUACAAAGUCUGCAAGGUCAGAGAAACAGCAAUUGUUCCAAGUCCUACCGUACACCCACAUGGUACGACGUCAGUUUCAGUGGUUGUGCCUCGAUUUUUUAAUGAGCCACCAUUUGACACCUUGAAACCGUCAAGAUUAACGCUUUUGGCUGAUUUUGCUACCAAGAAACCACCCUUAUGCGAAGAUCAUCCAAGUAUUACUGCACAGAAAUGGGGUAAAAAUCAUUGCACACUUCGCGUUCGUCUCGCCAUGCCAGGAAUCGAACACAAGUCUGAUGAUAACUAUUACUACGACGAUCAAUCACCGCUCGAAUCGGAAUUCUCAAUGGACAUGUUCGAAAAAGCGGAGUAUGUGCGAUUUUUCGUACAAAUCAACGUAGAAAGACAUUUGAAAUUGGCACGUGAAAUAGUGGUGUUCACUGCACUUCUACGUUCUGAUGCCGUCAAUUACAAGCUUUUAAGAUCUCCAGCCACCGCCACAAAUACGACAUCCCGAUUCACUCAAUCCAACGCUACGAUCUAGUGCCACAUGCGGCGAGCUCUCAUAACGCUUUUAUUAUUUCAAUUUGCGAUGU